GGGUCUGUGAUAUUAGACGGUUUAAAAAUGGUGUACGCAAAUUGUUCGAUGUCCAUCAUUGUAAAUAAGAACGUCAGUGAAAGUGUGCAGGUUCGAUCUUCUGUAAGACAGGGAUGUCCACUGUCUCCCUUGCUGUUUGCAAUUUACUUGGAACCAUUUUGUUUAAAACUGAUUAACAGUGAUAGUAUACGUGGUUUUAGGUUACACUCUUGCGAAGUAAAAGUGCUUUCUUAUGCAGACGACGUUGCUGUUUUUUGUGUAGACCAAGACAGCGUUCGUGAGGUAAUCAGCACUGCUUCCUCCUUCUGUAAGAAAACGGGUAGUGCUAUCAACUGGGGCAAAAGCGUAGGUCUCUGGCACGGUAAUUGGGCUACCGCACCCGGUAACUUUGUGAAUGUUCAGUGGACAAAUUUACCUUCGAAGUACCUCGGGGUGCCACUCCAGCACUACCGCGAUAGCAAGCAACUAUGGAGUGAAGAGACGGAGAAGGUUAAGACUAAAGCGGAGAGCUGGAGGGGUAGGGACUUCUCCAUGUUUGCACGCGCUACCGUUUGUAAUUUAUUUUUAACUGCGAAAAUUUUGUACAUUUUGCAAGUGCUGUGUAUGCCGCGCCUCAACAUACAAAGACUGCACAGAGUUUUCGCUGUUUUCAUCUGGAAUUCGAGCUGGGAGCGUUCUGCUCGUACCAAUUUGUUCCGAUCUGUUGGUAAUGGUGGUCUAGGAUUGUCCCAUUUGUUUCUAAGACAAAUUGUGUCUAGGUUCAUGUUUUUACGCGAUCAGAAAGAUUCAUUUUUGCGUACUGUUAUGCAAGUGCGACUGCAGUAUGCACUCCCUGAGUUUGUGGUGUCAUCUAGUAGACAAAUGCGAUCCAGUGUACAAGGUCAUUUGCGUGAAGUUGUGCUUUCUUUCAGAAUACUCAAGGUGCGCUUUUCCUUAGAGUAUCUUAGUUCAGUUACCCGAAAACGAUUGUAUAAAGAUUUAAUAGAUGUACUGUUGCCAAUACCUCUCUAUAGGUCAUUAUACUGUGAACGUCCAGGGCUAGAUGUGCUAAAAAGGGUAAAGAAAAUGCCAAUCAAAUCUUCGGUAAAAUCUUUUUUCUUUAAAUUGCACAGCGGCGUACUCCCUCUAAAGGCGUGGCUAGAACAGAAAGGUAUAUUUGUACCGUGGUCAGUGAAUUGUAUCCUCUGCAAAAAACCCGAGACGAUAGAGCACGUAUUUAUUGAGUGUUGGGACGCCGUGUUUCAUUGGGACAUUCUUCAGCGCACACUGAAAAAAGAUCUACCUAUAACCGCGCACGGCAUCCGCUUUUUGCCUCUGGAAAACGAGGGGGGAGUCCCUUACGAUAUGUUCAUGCUCCUCAGCCUCCACAGUCUCUGGAGGACAAGAAUGAGUGUUAAUAAUGAACGAAAGGAUGACGACUGUGAGGGAGCGCGCAAAGAAGUGUACGCGGAGAAGGAGAGUUUGUGA